UUAAAAUCACCAACAUCCGGUUUCCGGUUAGACGCUCAUAACAAAGAUGGCGGCCUCGGGGGAAGAAGAGGGAGUGUAUUUCGUGGUAAACAACAUUCCUGUAAACUUUCGCUCUGCCGAUCUGAGAAAUUAUUUCAGCCAGUUUAUAGAAAGCGGAGGAUUUUUGUGUUUUCAUUACCGACACAGACCGGAAGUGAGGAUAAACCCAGCGGAAGCAGAAAAGGCUCAGAGAGGAGAGGAGGAUGAGGAUGAGGAUGAGGAGGGUGAGGGUGAGGAAGGAGAGAGAAAGAGCGAGGUUAAAGCUGAAGCUUCGUGUUGCUGUGUGCUGUCUGUGAAGAGAAGAGAAGCGGAGCGCUUUGUGAAGAUGUACAGCGGAAAUCAGUGGAUCGACUCGAAGGGAAACUGGCUGGUGAAGCGGUGUCUGAUCCGGAGGAUUAAAGUGUCCGAUCACACCGAUCCGGAUGCUUUUCCGUAUAAGACGAAGGCGGAGCUGAAGCGUCCCACGGCGCACGCGGAGCGUUUCACUAAAGCCGACCUGCGCGCCCUGCCCGAGCUGACUCCGCCCGCUCUCAUGCCCGCCGGUAACGUCGGCACGCCGGUCAGCGUGUUCCUGCAGCUCAUCCAGUCCUGCCGCUUUCCUCCGCGCCUCAUCCGCAAACUCGGCCUCACCUUCCCCAAGACGGGGUCGCACCGUCGCUACGGUAACGUCCCCUACCACUACAACACGGCCGUGGUGGCGGCGAGCGAGGAGAGCGUGUUCACUGCGGGAGGGGUGGAAAUCUGCGGGCCGGGGGGCGUCGCUCCGCCGAAGAGCGCCGAGAAACCGACAGACGGGACGCACGAGAACGAGGACCGGCCAAUCAGAGCGGAGCGUCCAGCGGCGGGGGCGGAGAGCGAGGAGGAGGAGGAGGAGGAGGAGGAGUCAGGACCAGACGAUGACGAUGACCGGUGUGAGGAAUGGGAGCGACACGAGGCUCUGCACGAGGACGUGACGUCUCAGGAGAGGAGUAAAGAGCGUCUGUACGAGGAGGAGAUCGAGCUGAAGUGGGAGAAAGGAGGAUCAGGCCUCGUGUUCUACACCGACGCUCAGUACUGGCAGGAGGAGGAGGGGGAUUUUGAUGAGCAAACGGCAGACGACUGGGACGUUGACAUGAGCGUCUACUACGAUAAAGACGGAGGAGACAUGGACUCCAGAGACUACGUACGCAUGCGCUAUGAGAAGCGACUGAGGGACGGGGUGCAGCAGCCGGAGAUCAACCAGCAGAAAAUCGGCACCUUCGAGAAAUUCACGAAGGGCGUGGGGCGGCGUGUGAUGGAGAAACAGGGCUGGAAAGACGGCGAGGGACUCGGACACUCUCGCUCAGGGAUUCCCGAGGCUUUAGAGAACGAAGGACAGCAUCCCAACUGUAAGAGAGGCUUCGGGUAUCACGGGGAGAAGCUCAGCUCUUUCCAACCGCUUAAAAAACCUCGGCCUGCUUUUCACAUAUCGACCGUUUACGACGAGCCGAAAGACAUCGACCGGGGCGACACACUCCUCCGCCGGCAGCCGAGCGCCAGCAUGAAACACACACACUGGCAUCCAGAGGAAAGCACCGAGCCACACAGAUGACCUUUUACUCCAUUUAUAACUCAAGCAUUUGUUUGUUUGUUUGUUUUUAGAUCUUGUUUAUGUACAGUACUGUGCAAAAGUCUUUGCACCCUAUAUUUUUUUUUUUUAUAUUUUGACUUCUACAUUAUUGAUUCAGUACAAAAACAUUUUAGAUUCCAAACAUUAGUUUUCCAGCACAGAAUGAAACGUUCCAGAAAAAUGUUUGUAUGUCAGUAAAGAAAGCAGCAGAUUCCAUAAGAGACACUUUUCAGAUAAAAACAUAAUGAAGGCUGCUGGGUUUCGCUGCAGAAAUAAGAAGCGAGUCGACAGUCAAAGUCUCCAGAAGAACUGUGGCUGCUUCUGCAAGAUGCUCAGUAACACUUCCAGCUCAUUUCCUUAUAAAACUGCACACACUGCACCUCAGAUACUGCUUUAUUUAUUUAAAGUGAAGGAUCGUCACAUUAAAUACUGACUUUGUUUCAUUUAUUACUGUUUACUGCUCUUUAUAGGAUUUUUUUUAAUGUAGAAACAUUUAAUUUCGUUAUUUUUGAAGGCGUCUUUACUCUACAGCAUUUCUUUGCAUGUGCCUAAGACUUUUGCACAGAACUGUAUGAGGUCUGAAAUGAUAUUCCCUUGUUUUAAAGGGUGUUCAGAUUUUUUGCCUCAUUUUGUGACUCGAUUUUAUUAAAGUAUGAAGAAACAAAA